AUGUUCAGCUCUGUGGACGAGGUUUUUUCAUUGGAUAAUUUAUUUUAUGAAAGACCAGAUACAAACAAAAGAGAUCUAGAAAAUAACAAGUCAAACAUUUGGUGGAUUGCACCUGCUCCAGCAAUUGAUGAAAUUCCACCUGCAGAGGAGUUACAGAGGGAACUUGAAAAAAACACAGCCAGCAGUUGCAUGGGAGGGGUGAAGAACCAAAAGUUCAUACAGCAAUGUAAGAGUAUCACUGAGGAAGUAAAUGACAAAUCACCAGCACCUACUCAUUUCGGCAUAGCCUCUGAAAAAGAAAUGUUCCAGUUAUGUGUAGGAGAAAGAACAAAAAAGCAUGGAAGUCGGGACAUGGCUUCAAUGUCUCUCUCUCCCAAUCAAGCUAAAUAUAAAAUGGGAACAGAGAUUUUUCAGCAGCCCGAUUCAAAUUUCCCACAGACUAAAAUAUUAACUGAUUUUCCAGAAAUUGGUGAUGAUGAGAGUGUUCACUCAGCAUUUCGGAAAAGCUUAUUUAAAAUGCCUGGUUGUAUUUAUAAAAAUACAGAAUUUAAAGAUAGUUCAAUGGAUGUGAAAGAAUUUGAUACUCACUUUAAUACAAGUGAAAACGUGACAGAAGUGAAAAAAAAUACAUGGAGAGAAAAUCAUCAGCCUCCAGUAACUACAGACUCAGGUUUUACCCUACAUAGGGUAAAUGAUGGGGACAUGGCAUCUAAAAUUGGAAUUAAAAUAAAAUCAUUGUCCAGUGCUUCAAAGAUUCUGGAUAUGACAGGAACUACGGGAAGAAGCUUGGAAAUUUUGAGGGCUGUUACAGAAAUACCAACCCAAUUUAGGUGUAUUUUUAAGGAGUUUCCAUACUUUAACUAUGCACAGUCUAAAGCUUUGGAUGAUCUUCUUUAUACAGAUAGAAAUUUUGUGAUUUGUGCUCCAACUGGCUCUGGAAAAACUGUAAUGUUUGAACUAGCUAUUACCAGAUUACUUAUGGAAGUCCCAAUGCCUUGGUUAAAUACUAAAGUUGUUUAUAUGGCGCCAAUAAAAGCUCUAUGCAGUCAACGUUUUGAUGAUUGGAAAGAAAAAUUUGGACCCAUAGGACUCAGCUGCAAGGAACUGACAGGAGAUACAGUGGUGGACGAUUUAUUUGAAAUACAUCAUGCUCAUAUUAUUAUCACAACACCUGAAAAAUGGGAUAGCAUGACUAGGAGGUGGAAAGACAACUCUAUAGUUCAGCUUGUGCGACUGUUUCUCAUAGAUGAGGCAAGAAAAUUAAUGAUCCUAUACGCUCUUUUUCUUCUUGAAGAAGAAAGGGUGCAUGUCAUAAAGCAUGAAAGCCGUGGCGCAACGUUGGAAGUUGUGGUCAGUCGGAUGAAGACGGUUCAGUCUUCUCUUUGGCGUCUUUCAGAGAAUCACCAUGUUCCUCCUUUGAGAUUUGUAGCUGUUUCAGCAACAAUUCCAAACGCCGAAGAUAUUGCAGAAUGGCUUUCAGAUGGGAAGAUCCCUGCUGUAUGUCACAAAGUAGAUGAGGAUCAACGACCAGUGAAGCUACGCAAAAUUGUUCUUGGUUUUCCUUGCAGUGACAGUCAGACAGAAUUCAAAUUUGACUUAACACUGAACUACAAAAUUGCUAGUGUUAUACAAGCAUACUCUAAUCAAAAACCAGUGCUGGUGUUCUGUGCCACAAGAAAAGGAGUGCAGCAAGCUGCUUCUGUUCUUUCAAAAGAUGCCAAAUUUCUACUGAGUGUAGAGCAGAAACAAAGGUUACAGAAGUCUGCCAAUUCGUUGAAAGAUUCCAAGCUCAGAGAUCUUUUGAUGUAUGGUGUGGCUUAUCAUCAUGCGGGUAUGGAGCUUUCUGACAGGAAAAUAAUUGAAGGAGCCUUUACUGCAGGAGAUGUACCCGUACUUUUUACUACUAGCACCUUAGCUAUGGGAGUCAAUCUACCUGCACAUCUAGUGGUUAUAAAAUCCACAAUGCACUAUGUUGGAGGAAUGUUUGAAGAGUACAGUGAAACUGAUAUUCUGCAAAUGAUUGGGAGAGCAGGAAGGCCUCAAUUUGACACAACAGCUACAGCAGUAAUUAUGACUCGUUUGAGUACAAGGGAGAAGUAUAUACAAAUGCUAAAUGGUGCAGAUAUAAUAGAGAGCAGCUUGCACAAACAUCUUGUGGAGCAUUUAAAUGCAGAAAUAGCAUUACAUACUAUCACAGAUGUCACUGUAGCUUUGGAAUGGAUACGAUCAACAUUCUUGUACAUUAGAGCUUUAAAAAAUCCAGCUCAUUAUGGUUUUUCAUCUGGAUUGGAUAAAAUUGGAAUUGAAGCAAAAUUACAAGAACUCUGUUUGAAGAACUUGAAUGAUUUGUCAUCUUUCAAUUUGAUCAGGAUGGAUAAAGAAAAUAAUUUCAAGCCAACAGAGACUGGAAGAUUAAUGGCAUGGUAUUAUAUUGCAUUUGAUACAGUAAAGCAGUUUUUCAGAAUUAAAGGAACCGAAACUUUGAAGGAAUUGGUUACAAUGAUCUCCAACUGCGCAGAAUUUCUAGAUGUCAAGUUAAGAACAAAUGAGAAGAAAAUACUGAAUGCUUUGAAUAAAGACAAGGACAAAAUAACUAUCAGGUUUCCAAUGGAGGGGAGGAUUAAAACAAGAGAAAUGAAAGUAAACUGUCUUAUUCAGGCUCACCUAGGAUGCAUUCCUGUUCAAGACUUUACUUUGACACAAGAUACUGGCAAAAUAUUUAGAAAUGGCAUAAGAGUUACUAGAUGGUUAUCUGACUUUUUGGCAUCAAGUAAAGACAACUUUUCUGCAUUAUUAAACUCUUUGAUUUUAGCUAAGUGUUUCAAGUGCAGACUUUGGGAAAAUUCACUUUACGUGUCCAAGCAAUUGGAAAAAAUUGGUGUGUCGUUGUCAAAUGCUAUGGUAAAUGCUGGGCUCACAUCCUUUAAAAAAAUAGAAGACAUAAAUGCAAGGGAACUGGAAUUGAUUUUGAACAGACAUCCUCCAUUUGGAAACCAGAUAAAAGAAUCUGUUUUGCACCUUCCAAAAUAUGAACUUAACAUUGAACAGCUUCCAAAAUACAGUGAUACAGUGGCUGAAAUUUUAGUAACCACCAUAUUGACAAACUUUGAGCAGCUACAGACAAGGAGAACAGCAUCAGACUUUCACUAUGUUACGUUGGUUGUAGGAGAUGCUGACAAUCAAGUAAUUUUUAUUCAGAAAAUAAUGGAUUCUGUGCUGCUGAAAACUGGAAAUUGGAUGAAGAAAAUUGAAGUGAAAAGAGCUCUUAAAUCAGAUGACAUUAGUAUAAAUUUAAUUAGUUCUGAUUAUGUUGGCCUUGAUAUACAGCAAACAUAUACAGCCUUCUACUUAACACCAAGAGCAGUGGGAAGUAAAGUAGUUAUAAACAAACGGAAAGCUGAGUCUUCUGUUGAUACAUUUUCUGGCACAGCACAAAGCCUACCUGCAGCAAAAGUGGAGACAGGAAGCAGAUGUAAAGAAGAAAAUAUCUAUAAGAAAUACAGUAACAGAGAAUGUAACCAUCGCUGUAAAAAUAAAGAUGUGUGUGGACAUGAGUGCUGUAAAACUGGAGUACUUCCAAAGUCUGAGAUGAGUGGAGAUUCAAAGUUUAGUUUGUACCUGGCAGAUUUAAGGAGCAGGAACUCUACUUCGUCUGUACCCCCAGUAAAGCGGUUAAAGAUGCAGAUGUUAAAUCAGGCUCAAAGUGUGGAUCUCAAACAAUUUGUUUUUGCACCCAAAUCUUUGAUGCCAGCAUCAUCAAGGUCUGGAAAUGAAGAGUCAUUUUCGUCACAUUCAGUGGACCAGGUAGAUAGUUUUAAUAACUUAGGAAGAUCUCAAAAACAAUUCCAGUCCUGGGACUAUGGAAAGAGUGAUGCUUUGGGUGUGAAUGCUGAACUGAGAGAUGACGUUUGGGAUGAUCUUGAUGAUGAAGUAUUAGUAGUUGCUAGCAACCUCUUCAGUAGAGAAUUAGAUGAGCAUGAAUUGCUUCACAAGUACUCAACAAGUAAAGCCACAAGUGACAUUUCAGAAGACUCUUGCCUAUUACAAAGUGAUACCAGUAUUCAGAACUCAGUUCUCUCUGUGUUUAAUAGCUCAUCAAAAGUGGAAUUAUCUGUACAGAGUGGACAUGUAAAUAUGUUCCCUUCUCAAGAAAACAAACAUUCAAAUCUUUCACAAGAGCUGGAAAAAAUAGAAUAUUCUUCAAUUUCAAACAUAAUCCCAGACUCUUCCAAAUUCACUAGGAAAGAGAAUUUUUUUAUUUUCAUGAAGGAGCAGAAAGAAGAAAUGGAACCUAGAUAUCUUCCUGAUGAUGAGACCAGUGAUGUCAAGCCUUUACUUGGACUACUUGAUGACAUAUUUUAAAACAGAAUAUAUUAUGGAAAGAAACAACAUAGGAAUGUGUCAGAGGAGCCCUCAUGCUGACGCUGUAAGCUAUGAAUUACAUGGCCUGCUCCUAAGUACUGUUUAAAUGAAUGAAAAACUGUUUCCUCGGAAAUUUCUUAAAGCUUUUUUAUUUUGUUUGUCAGUUUUUUAACGCUGAAUUUUUCUGAUUCUGUUAAACAGUUGGAUUUAAAAUAAAGAGUGAUGGAAUAGUAAGUUACUCUAGGCUAUUACUCCUUCUGAUAGUACUACCAGCUUGUUUAAAAAAAAACAACUGCAACUUCCAUCAUGUUAGCAUCUGUCCUAGAUCUCAACAGAACAGUUAUUUAAUGUCUAUAAAAAGUAUUCUAAAGCUUUAUUUAACUGUUCACUUUGAUACUUGAUCUCAUAAAAAAGACCUGUAUGCAUCUCAACACAUCUCAAUACUUAGGUAACCAGGUACUGGAUUUGGCUAUCUUCUUACAGCUCUUGUGUUUGAACAAUAAACAUCGCAUGUUCAUUGGAUAGAAAAAUAUGAUAUUCUCUUCAUCUGGAUUUUAGGCAAUAUUAAAUUUCAAUGUUAAUUAUUCA